AUGCCCCACAAGUGUGAAUGUGCGAGUUUCUCGUACGCAGCGUGUGUAGAGGUGUUUGUGUACGAUGAUGGAAGCGGUCUGCGUGUCGUCGUGACCAACACUCCCGCGCGCGUCCGUAACGACCUCGGCAACCUACAGAGGGCGCUACAAAAUGCUACGAACGGUCGCGUCAUCAUCAUCGACGACUACCGCUACCACACGCAGGGAAACGAGAUCAACUUUGACUGGACGGAUGUGUUUAUACAUGUCGUAAACCCACGCACGCACGCCGUCGAGCCGGCUCCCACCGUACUCAGACUCGUCGAUCACGACAAGUUCUACUUGAAACCUGAACACGAAGAAUACCUAGUCAGUAGGAUAGAGCCGUCCGUGAUGGCGGUGAGUGGCGCCCCCUACGAGCGCGGCGUUCUCAUCGCUCUCAUCCUCAUCGUCGUCGUCCUAUUCGUCGGUCUCGUCGCGUUUCUCGCUGUCUGCUGCCACGCCCGACGCCGCGAACGCAAGCUCACACACGCCACCGCUGUCACCGCAGCUGCCACCGCCACCGCAGCCGCCGACGCGAAACCAGUCGUGGAAGUAAAGCCAACGACCACGGAGAAUCCGCUGUGGGAGGAGCAGAAGCUGCGUAUGUACGAGGAACAGGAACUAUCCAUGCAGGUCUUCCCGGAAUCCGACGAAGCUGCCGCAGCAGCAGCAAUCCCGAUGGUAAACCUGGACGAUCGCCAGGGGGCGCCGCCGCGAGCGUUCGAGCCGGCCGAGCACACGUACGCGACGAUCGACCGCCCGCGAGGGGGCGCCACCGACGCGUCGCAGUCGACGUUCCUCUCGCCAGGGAGCAGCACCGCUCAGCUGUACUAGCAUGUUUAUUACUGGAUGGGUAUAUACAGAUAUAUAUAUAUACAUAUAUACAGCUAUAUAUAUAUAUAUAUAUAUAUAUAUAUAUAUAUAUAUAUAUACAGCUAUAUAUAUAUAUAUUAUAUAUAUAUAUCACAGCUAUAUAUAUAUAGGUGGGUUUGCUCAACCUGGCAGCAAUAUCUAAGAUAGGUCCAGCAGGUGAUCUUACUCAGCUAAAUUAAUUAGGGUUAAUUACGGGGUAAACACGUGUUGACAGCAAACUAACCACACGAAGAUCAUUUCAAUGUCACCCAUACCAUAUAUGUUAUAUAUAUAUAUAUAUAUAUAUAAUAUUAUGUUAUCGAAAUACGUAAUAAUAGUCUUAUUAUAGUGAGUAUUAGAAUUUAUUUUUAAUAAACAGUUUUUAUAGUAUUUUACUGUAUAAGUUUCUAUGCGGAUUAACAAUUUAAUGUUUUUAUGGUGCAAGUGUGAGCUGCAACUGGUCGCAAUAGGGGGCGCCUGUGUCCAAUAGAUCUGGGCUUUCAAGUUUGUCAGUGUUUACAUAACAAUUAUAGGCGUUUUUAUUUAAGCAAGUCUGUUAUGAGCGAAUCAAAUUUUCCAUCUAUUUAACCAACUCGCCUACAACGAUUAGGUCGUUGUAUUUAUUUAGCCGAUUUGGCAACGCGCGUAUCACACUCGACUAACUCGUCCAGGGGACGCUUUGAGACGAUUAUCAAACAUGGCGGCGCACACAUCUUUAGCGAGGUAAGUUGAUAUGAUUCCUUUCAUUUUACUUAUCACAAACCCAUAAAUAUCGUCUGAUCUUUGGAAUAACUUAGAAUACACUCUUCAAUAACAAAACAUCAGUAUUUUUCUUAUUUUCUCAUGGAGAACUACCGGGUCCGCCAUUGUUACAAUGAUCAUUUAUUUAAGGCAAUUCGAUUUGCAUCACGUGAUGAUACACAGUGUAAAGCGAUUUGAUCCGAGUUGCUCGAAUAAAAACGCUGUAUGUGUCAGCUGUAGUGUGGCUAUGAAGGAAAGAGGUGCUUGUGGUGGGCUAGAGUAAUUGUUGUUCAACUCAUGUGUGGAAUGAAAGCUGUGACCGCAUUGGGAAGUUGCUACAAUUUAAUCGAGGUAUACGCAGAUUAAGAUUGUGUGAAAGAGUACUUUUUAUUCUCCGUCUCAAUGUGUAUGCCUAUGCACAUGUAUUGUUUGUUAUUCUGAUACGCAAAUGUGAUCACGAUACACAAAGUAAGGUUAUGCAAAUUAAGAACUUUUAAUUUUUUUGUGAAAUUGUGAGAACUUUUUAUCACCCGUCUUAAUGUUGUACGUACACGUGUGUGCAUGUGCGUGCGUGCGUGCGUUCGUGUGUGCGUGUGUGUGCGUGCGUGUGUAUGUGUGCGUGCGUGCGUUCGUGUGUGUCGAUGUACGUGUAAUGUUUAUUAUUCUGCAAACUUGACCGGGUUAUCGAUUCCACGUAAUAUAUAUAUAUGUAUAUAUAUAUAUGCACAUGUGUAAUGACAGUAAUGUAACAACGCUCACUGCGGUUGUUAUUGUAAUAUGUCCGUUAGGAGAGCCGUUCUCCACUGUCUGUAAAUAAAAGUGCGCUCAUGAUAAUUAUGUA